AUUUAAUAGAUUAGAAGAACUGAAAGAGAGAAGUCGUGAAACCAAGGAUGGUUUUGAGAUCCUAGAAAGUAGUAGAGCGAGUUCCAAGUGAAAUAGUACAUUCUUUGCUAAUAAUGAGUGACAGAUUCCCACAUCAACUUUUUAAUUUAUACAGUAACACUUUCCUCACGUUAAAUUAACAUAUGUGUAUCCAUGUCCGAUAUUUUCGAACGUGUGGUUCAUUCGGUUUUUCCGUGGAUCACUUGGUAAUACAAAAUUCAGAUGUGAUGGUUCACUUGGUAAUGGUUCAUUCGGUUUUUCUGUCUAGUAUAUGGUAACAUGUAAAUAUGAUUCAUUCGGUUUUGCUUAGCAAAAAAAAAUGAUCCAUUCGGUUUCUAUCUAGUACUAUAUGAUAAUACAAAAAUUCAAAUUUUUCUUGAUAAGGCUUACACAGCUAAGAUAAUAAGAAUAUGCAUUGUUUGCAUAUUAGUUUUAUUUCUUACUUAUGCGGCUGAAACCAAGUACGAAUACUUUAAUUUUUGUUAACUAAUGGAGUUCCAAACUUUAGAUUUUACAUUUCUUGGUCUAAUAUCAUAUAGUAUAAUAGAUUUUUGAAACACAAAAUUUGUUUCAAACCCAACGCUACAUUAAUUUGAACUACGACUGAAAAAAAAUUCUUGGUUUUUUUUGCUUUUUUUUUUGGUUGUAACGUCACCCAUGGGGUUCCAUUCAUUUAAAAUGAUAGUCGUCUUUGGGUUAUGUUUGAUAAAAAAAGCUCAUUCUAUAUAUCAAUUGUAGUUUAAAAAAAAAAUAGAAUUCUAACUCUAUCCUAGAAAUAAUGUACUAACGAAGGGAACAUUAAAGAUUACCAGUAUAUAUUUCAUAUCCAAACGUUAAAAGAUGCAUCCUAUAAACAUUACAGUUGAAUCAUGACUAAUGUGUAUAUCUUAUGUUUGGCACUAAACAUGGGUCUGCAACUCACUCACUCAUCAAUUUACGAGGAUCGAACAAAAGCGAAAGUAAGUACAAAAUAAACGAACCAUUUAUUACCAAUUCGUCCAGCCUCCAUUGUCUUUCUCCACCAUUUACCCAAACCCCAUCUUUCUCUUUUAUAUCUCCUUCUCUCUCCUCAAUGUUUAAUGAUAACCAAUAUUGCAUCCCCGGCGACGAAGACUCCGUCGUCCUCCGCCUUGGACCUCCUGGUCAACAAUACCCUAACAAUCACAAACCCACCAGCACUAAACCUUCUCCGAAUCACGAAAUCGAUCAUAAUCUCCCUUUAACAAACCCUAAUGACGUCACGGUUGCUCUUCAUAUCGGACCUCCGGUUUCCGAAAAAGAAACCAGCGGGGACAACCAUGAGGGUUUGACGGCGAGGCAGGGACAGUAUUGGAUUCCUUCUCUUUCUCAGAUCCUUGUCGGUCCCACUCAGUUCUCUUGUUCUGUCUGUAACAAAACUUUCAACCGCUUCAAUAACAUGCAGAUGCAUAUGUGGGGUCAUGGUUCGCAAUACCGAAAGGGUCCAGAGUCGCUGCGAGGGACGAAAUCAUCAUCUUCGAUACUAAGGCUGCCAUGUUACUGUUGUGCAGAAGGUUGUAAGAAUAACAUAGACCAUCCAAGAGCAAAGCCUCUCAAAGACUUUAGAACGCUCCAAACGCAUUACAAGCGAAAGCACGGAGCGAAACCUUUUCGUUGCCGCAAAAAGUGCGAGAAGACAUUUGCAGUGAGAGGCGAUUGGAGAACGCACGAGAAGAAUUGUGGAAAGGUGUGGUUUUGCGUUUGCGGAUCGGAUUUUAAGCAUAAGAGGUCUCUCAAAGAUCACGUUAGGGCUUUUGGAGAUGGUCAUGCGGCUCACACGGUAGGUGAUCGUGUUGUAUCCAUUGGAGAAGGAGAUGAAGAUGAUGAUGAUGAUGACGAUCAUAUGGAGGAAGAAGAUGAACGAGAUGAUGAUGAAGAAGAAGAAGAUGGUAAUGGAGAAAGUGGUCGUGAAGAGAAGAACUACGGGAUUAGAUAUGAACACUUUCGUCGUUAUGGUCAAAUUUCUAAUGACAACCACUAAUUAAAUGACCAUUUUACGAUCCAUGGGUGUUAACUAGGGUUUGUUUAAGCGAGAUGUGUUUGAUAUUAUAUUUUUCAUCACGGUUAGUGAAUUUUAAAGUAUCUUUUAGUAUGAAUUCCCGAAAUAAAUGUCUAGUGGAUUCGGAUUUUAAGUGCGUCUAACCUUGUC